AACUUUAGUUCUGACACAUUCACUCAAACAGCAGUUUGUAGCAGAGAGUCAUUUGUGACAAUCCAAAGGUGCACAUUGCAACGAGAGCAAAAAAACAAUGGAAAACAUGGACUUCAACUCCAGAGCGACUGAACCGCAAAUUAGUUUCUAUCUCAGUUCACUUGAAGAACAGGUACGGUGUGAGCUGAAGGACAGCGAGGCGACGCUCACCCAAGGUAAAUCUGAGGGAAGACUUCACCUGGUCAUCAGAGAGGACUUGUUGGCCGAUCUCCUCGAUCAGCUCCAACAACAGAGAGAGGGCAGCAGUUGGAGCCAUGAGGAAGAGCUGAUGCAGAAGGAGAUAGGUGAGCUGAAAGUUCAGCUUGCUGAACGUGUCCCCUCCCCACUUAGGGAAACAGAACAUCUGAAAGCCCAGCUGGGAAAAAUCUGCACCAGGCUGCGAAAAUCCGAAAAAGAUCUGGACCCGCAGACCUUCAUUGCUGAGGGCCUGAAAGCCGAAUUGGAGCAGAUCAAGGGAGAGAAGGAGGCCCUGAAAAGGGAAGUGGAGACUCUCAAGGUAGGUAAGACAAACGUGCAGUUAGAGUUGGAGAGCUUUCUGGGGAGGGAGAGGGCUCAAGUUCAGGAGCUGAAGGAAAAAUUGAGCAAGACGGAGGAAGCCAUCCGAGAACAAGAGAAGGAGGCAAAGGAGAAAAUGCAAAGAUCCCAGGCUUCCCAUAGAGCCCAGCUGGAUGAGGCUCUGGCUCAACGUGUCCCCUCCCCACCCGGUGAAACAGAGCAUCUGAAAUCCCAGCUGGGAAAAAUCUGCACCAGGCUGCGAAAAGCCGAAAAAGAUCUGGAACUUCAGAUCUUCAUUACUGAAGACCUGAAAGUUGAAUUAAAGCAGGUGAAGGGAGAGAAGCAGACCCUUUACAAUAUUGUGGCGACUCAGAAGCUGCAGCUUUGAGAAGAGAUCCAGAUGCUCACGGUAGGUAAGACCACCAAUGU